GUGUCCCAUGUCACCUGUGGCUGUCCCCAGGUGCGGGUGAACGUGGUGCAGAACAAUCUGGCGCUGCUCAUUUACCUGAUGCGCAUGGUGAAGGCGCUGAUGGACAACCCCACGCUGUACCUGGAGAAAUACCUGCACGAGCUGAUCCCCGCGGUGAUGACGUGCAUCGUCAGCCGCCAGCUCUGCCUGCGCCCCGACGUCGACAACCACUGGGCGCUGCGGGACUUCGCUGCACGGCUGGUGGCACAGGUGUGCAAGAACUUCAGCACCACCACCAACAACAUCCAGUCCCGCAUCACCAAAACCUUCACCAAG